AUGAAUGUGAGACACAGAGAGAGAACCUGCGAAGGAGAGAAAAAAGACAAAUAGCUCCUCUCUCUCUCCCCUUUCAUGGCUAUUGGGUUUUGGCCAGUGUGAACAUUACAGCCACCAUUACCAACGUCUAUGAAGUCCAAAAUCCUAGUUAACAAUACUAAUUAUUUAGUUUUAUAUUAUAAGUUACAUUUUCCCAAAAUCUGCAGCUUCCUUUGACUAAGCAUUUAAGAACAAGAGACAUAGCUUCCCUGUCUUAAGAGUUCCUUUUACUCAUCAACUAUGCCUCCAGUUACUAGCAUUUUCUUAUUCUGCUUCAUUACUUCCUUUUUCUCUCUAAUUAGUGCCACCCUCAAUCUUACCCUUCCUCACCAGCAACCUUUCCCUGAAUCUGUGGUUCAAGAUGUUCAGAGGAGGGUAAAUGAGUCCAUUGCGAGAAGACAAAUACUUGAAACAACUGUUAGAGAUAGUAGUAAUAAAUGUCUAACCGGAAAUCCAAUAGACGAUUGCUGGCAAUGCGACUCAAACUGGGCUAAAAACCGACAAAGGUUAGCAGACUGCGCCAUUGGGUUCGGUCAGGGUGCAAUGGGUGGGAAAAACGGUCAGAUCUACGUAGUCACCGACUCCUCCGACAGAGACACCGUUAACCCUACUCCGGGCACUCUCCGGCACGCCGUCGUUCAAGAGGAACCUCUCUGGAUCGUGUUCGCCGCCGACAUGGUCAUUAAGCUAAAACACGAGCUUAUUGUGAACAGCUACAAAACCAUCGACGGCCGCGGCGCGAACGUUCACAUUACCGGCGGCGGAUGCAUAACGUUACAGUACGUGAGCAAUGUGAUUAUACAUAAUGUUCAUAUUUACAAUUGUGUCCCUUCGGGUAAUACUAAUAUACGGUCGAGUCCAACGCAUGUUGGGUAUAGAGGCAAAUCGGACGGUGAUGGAAUAUCCAUAUUUGGAUCUCGGAAUAUUUGGGUUGAUCAUUGUGCAUUGUCUCAUUGUACGGACGGCUUGAUUGAUGCUAUUAUGGGGUCCACUGCUAUUACUAUUUCGAAUAGCUAUUUUAGCCAUCAUGAUGAUGUCAUGCUCUUGGGACAUGAUGAUAAAUACUUGCCAGAUUCAGGAAUGCAGGUGACAAUAGCGUUUAAUCAUUUUGGAGAAGGGUUAGUGCAAAGAAUGCCAAGGAUUAGAAGAGGAUACGUACAUGUGGUUAACAACGAUUUCACAGAAUGGCAAAUGUAUGCAAUUGGUGGUAGCGCAAGUCCCACUAUUAAUAGUCAGGGCAAUCGCUAUACUGCUCCUGAUGACCCUAAUUUGAAGGAGGUGACAAAGCGGGAAGACACAGACACUGGGAAGUGGAACGACUGGAACUGGAGGAGUGAUGGCGACGUUAUGGUUAAUGGUGCAUUUUUUGUGCCUUCAGGCCAAGGCAUUAGCACCCAAUAUGUCAAAGCUUACAGCGUCGACCCCAAAUCCGCCCUUCUCAUCGAUCAGCUCACCAAAAAUGCCGGUGUCCUUGGUGGUCCCAGGGAUAACAGUAUGAGCAUGUCAUCCAAAGGGGGCAUUACCGGAGGCGGCGGCGGUCAUGCCGAGUCCACUAGCGGCGAUGUUGACAUGUUCGGAAUGAUAUUCAGCGGUACUGGUGCAUCUUCUGCAGGAUCAUCACCAUCACCUACAACCACUCCGAUCUUACUGUCCUUUUUAAUUAUUCUGACGUUGUACAUAAUCACCAAACAAGGUGGUCAAUUAUCUAUACCAUUAUUUCUCUUGCUAUAGCAUUUUAGGACAGCAUAUUUGUUUUAUUAUUCAAUUAUUAUGGAAGUGAAAGUUUUCAUUUCACUUGAUUAGUCAUAUUCAUAGGAGCCCCACAUUUUGUACAUUGAUUGGUUGGUAGGAAUAUUAGAGAGGCAUCAUAUAGGCUGUUAUUUAUGGAAUGAGGGCUUAUUGAUUCUC